AUGUCUCGCCGCACGAUGGAUUGCAUGCAACAGAAGGUCAACACUCGUCUGAAUGCAACUGGCGCCGAAAAGUCAGGCACGCUCGAAAAGCUCAUCCAGAACGAGGGCCCCGGCGGCACCUCCAAGCGACCCGCAACCGAAGGACUCAUGUGGCUUCUGCGCGGUCUCGACUUCACCGCUCAAGCUAUGCGUAAUUCGGUCAACAACAAAAACGAGGAGCUCUCCGUCAGCUUCACCAACGCCUACGGAACUACGCUCCGCCCACACCACGGUAUGCUCAUCCGCCCCGUGUUUGCGCUCGCCAUGAAGGCUUGCCCUUACCGUAAGGACUUCUACGCCAAGUUGGGAGAGCCGCAGAGCAAGGUGGAGGAAGAGUUGGAAAAGUGGUUGGCGGCGUUGGAGAAGAUUGUCGCUCACAUGAAGAGCUUCUACGCGUAA